AGUAAGUUUGAGAAAGAAAAUGAGUUUGAAGAAAAUGAGAUUGAGAAUGAAAGUGAGUUUGAAGAUGAAAGUGAGUUUGAGGAAGAAAAUGAGUUUGAGAAAGAAAGUGAAUGCGAAGAAGAAGAGAAAAGGAUACAUAUACCAAAAAUGACAUAUUAUCAUAAAUAUGGUGCCUCAGGUAUAUUUGCCAAUGAUGCCAAGGGAAUCACUAAAAUCACAAGUUUUUUUGAAUCUUUGAUACCCUUAGCAUCUACUAGUUUUUCUGGAAUUGUGGAUAAGUCUUCAAGAUGUCAAUACAAAGAAUAUAAAAAGGGUAUGUACAUUGAUAGUUAUGAGAGAGAGGACAUUAUCACAUAUCAAAGAGAAUUUUUAGAAAAUAUGAAGCUUUUAGAAAGAUGUAUAGUGAAAUAUGAAGGAGAACAAAUGGUGCCAAUUCUACCAGUACUUGAAGUUAAUGAACAGAAACUAAUUUUAGUCACUCAUGAUAAGUAUAUCUUUUAUAUGAAUGAUGGAAAGAGAAAUGUUUGGAAUGAAAGAUCUAUUAUGGUGAGUGAAUUCCUUUUAGAAACAUGUGGUUGGUUACAACUAAGUGAAGAAGAAAUAAAUGCUUACCCAGAUAUUCCUAUGGAGGCACAUUAUAAGGCCAUUCCUAUUUUUGAGACAAAAUUCCCUAAUGCAAUCACUAUUUUUGCAUUCGAUAAUAGUACAAGUCAUGUUGGAUAUGCGAAAGAUGCUCUUUUGGCAGAAAGAAUAAAUCUGGGACCUGGUAGAAAACAACUGGUAAUGUGA